AUGUCCUUCUUUGACCCAAUGGACCCUGCGGUGCAGGCCACGCAGAGCUUCAUCCUUCGGGCACGCUCAGUGGAGAGCUGUUUGGCGGAGUUCUCUUCCAUCGAGGUCACUGAGGCGGACAUUUGCACCGCGCGCGCGCACGCCAGCUUGCCGGUGAGGGUGUUCAUGCUCUCGAAGAACCUCAUGGGCACCAUGGGGGACUUUUUGCUGGCCGAGCAGAAGGAGGGGGUCACUUUGACUUGCAUCAGGAGACCCUUCAGAGCAGUCCCUGCAAGAGCGCAUGUCUCAAUCCAGCGAGAGGUUUGCACCAUUGGGCCUGCCCGAACCACCCGAAGAACAAGGCAGCACCAAAGGUCCCGGAGCCAAGCUCGCCGCCCAGUGGGCCGACGGAGGAGGAGCGCGUGCCGCUGGGAACCACCCGCGCAAACGUGCACGACGGCCACGUGGAAGGCACCGUCCUGCGCCCCCGCCCCGCCUCGGCACCGGCUCACCGCAAUCGUGCUUCCCUUGAAGCUGCGAUGCAUCGCGACAAGAGCGGUGCCGCGCGGACAUGGGUCGUGGACUCACAGAAGAACGAAACGUGGCUCAUGCCCUCUGCGAGGCGACCAUGCGGGCAUGCUCUUCACAGGUGAAGCGCAUGACUCCGGCCAUGACACCAGCUCAACAGCACGAGGAGAGGAAUUUGUACUGAAACUGCCCGCCAACUGGCAGCACUACACUCGCGCCCACGAGAAGGCCCAGAAAGCCCAGAGAAGCAGUGAUUGA